CAUUCGCGUCUAUCAAUAAAUCCCGCCCUCUUAUGCACCGCGCCCCCUCAACUCUUGUGCGCGCUCACAUAUCGCGAGAAGAUAGUCUUUGCCCCCUUUGGUUUCCAGUGAGCGUGCCCGCUAGCCAGUUUCUAAUUGGUAGAUAAGUUGUGCGGAUGAACCUAUGUGAACAGCGGAGAACUCGAGGGAGUGCGCAGACUGCGGGACGGAGCUUCUCGGUUGCACUCUGUGGGUGUGUUCUGUGCAUCCUCAUCUUUGCAGUUUGCUGCCAACUUCUCUAUUUUAGCUUCUGUGUGACUGCUGCCGGACCUGCCAGCACUAUGGCUUCAAGGAGCACACUUGUUAACCAUGAGCUUUCCAAACUGUUCAACGAGCUGUGGGACGCAGAUGUCAAUCGCUUGACUCCUGGUAAAGAUUACCAGAUCUCUUUACAGGGAAAAGCCGGUUAUGUUCCAGCCGGCAGCAACCAAGCUAGAGACAGUGCCUCAUACCCCUUGUUCCAGUAUGUGGAUGAAGAGCAACUGAAAAAUCGGAAAACACUGGCAGCUUUUGUUUCUCUUCUGGAUAAUUAUGAGAUGUCAACAGGAGUAGCGGAGGUUGUUACGUCUGAAGAAGUUGCAGAAAAUAACCGUUUCCUAGAUGCCAUUCUAGAAACCAAAGUCAUGCAGCUGGCACACCAGUACUUGGUUAAGAAAAACCUGUCCAAGCCGAACCUUAAAGACUUCAAGUCCCAAAUGUACAGUAUUUGGUUCCAACUUUACACAAGAGAGGGGGGUAAAGGACCAGACUCUAGUGGCUUUGAGCACGUGUUUGUGGGGGAAUCUAAGCGAGGCAAAGAGAUCAUGGGACUUCAUAACUGGAUCCAGUUUUACCUGCAGGAGAAGAGAAACAACAUUGAUUACAAGGGAUUUGUAGCACGCCAGUACAAGAGCCGGCCGGAUGAAGAUGAUCAGGUGUUGAACCUGCAGUUCAGCUGGAAGGAUAUGGUGAAACCUGUGGGCAGCAGCUUUAUCGGUGUGAGUCCAGAGUUUGAAUUUGCCGUCUACACCAUCAUUUUCCUUUUGUCUAAAGAGAAGGUAACAAGAGAGACAGUGCGGUUGGAAGAAUAUGAGCUACAGAUCGUGGUGAAUCGGUACGGGCGGUAUAUCGGCACAGCGUACCCCGUCCUUCUGAGCAGUAAUAAUCCAGAUUUAUACUGAGGACAAAUCCAGCUCUCUAAUGCAGAAUUAAUUUGUAAACUUCCCUAUGGUAAAAUGAGUCUGUAUACACCCAAGCAGGUUAAAUUUGACUUGAACAUAAUCCUAAACAGAGGUCUGACAUUUCUCUUUGUAGAAUGAGAUUUUUUACACAUUUGACUUAAAGGGACAUUGAGCUUAACACAUUUCUAUUAUUCAAAUUAAAGCACCAUGUGAACAUGUUAAAAAAAAAAAAAAAUAUUUGGCAUUUUAAAAAAGGUUAAAAUUUAUUUUGAAUUUGAAACAAACAGAAUGUGCACAGAUGGUCUGUGGGACAGAUGCUCACUGGUUGAUUGUGAACAUUCCCUCAGAUUCAUUGGUGGAGAGUGAAACCCCUGCAAGUAAAAGAACAAAAAUAUUUUUCAGCACAGGAAGAAUAUCCAUUUUUCCAAAGAAAUUUAAAGGGACGUUUAACUGCCAAGCACAACUUCAAGGCUGACACAUUAUUGUUCUUCUUCUGUGUCUGCAGCUCUCUUUAAAGCUGUUCUUUUCUUUUAACCUUUUACUGGUGUCGGUUAGUGAAGAUCCGCAUCAUCACGCUUGGCUCUGCCUUCUAGGAGCUCACAACACCAUAUGAUAGAAGUGGUGCACAAUCUCAGAUCAGGGACAUUGCUUUUUUUAUAAUUUUAUAGCAGUUGUAUGACAAAUUAUCAACAUAGAAUAUACACAGCCCGAGCGAAUGACAAAAUUCUAACACCUAAUAUACUAUGAACAGCACAAAUCUACUGAGAAGCAAAGUCCAGUAUCAAAAGUCCUUGGUUAUUCUGUUUAACAGCAUAAUAGGUGUCUGAAGAUCCAGCAUUAAUAAAGAAAAGUAAAGAUUUCACUCUUUAUUGUAUAAGGUACAUCUGUCAAAACCAGCAAUGUCAUUGAUCUGUCAGUGCACACUGUUUCUGUAACAGGAUACAAAAAUACAUGCGUUCCAAGAUGGCGGCACCCUGUAUGAUGAUGCAGUGCUUCACCAAGCAGCAUCUGUGAUUGGUUAAAAUUAGCGAGAGGUAAAACCAUAUCAUGGUGAGAAGUAACUGUUCUGUUGUAGUUCUGCUCAGCAGUUUCGUGUAGAGCAAACCGUAAUAGAGCCCAGCACCCUUAUAUUACCUCUAAGGAGUAUCUGAAUCCUCCAAAAUUCAGUCGACAAUAAAGAGAUGUGACAGCACCACGAUUUCAACAGGUGAAAGGUUUAUUGGAGAACCUGAGACC